AUGUCUUCAUCUUACAACGUCUACAAUGUCUCAUCUGUUCUUUUUCUUCAGGGCUUUGAUCUAUCCCCAGAGAGGGCCAUCGCAGCAUUUGUCUUUGCCGCUUUGAAUUACAUUAUCAUAUUAUUCUGCAACAUCUUCCUUCUGUUCACUAUUGUAAGCAAUAGGUCUCUUCAUCAACCUAUGCACAUUCUGCUGUUAAAUUUGCCGAUUAAUGACCUCCUAGGCUCCACAGCCCUGUUCCCACAUAUCAUGCAGGAGCUCCUGUUUGACACCAGGACCAUAACAUUCUCUUCCUGUGUUACUCAGGCUUUCUUUAUACAUAUAUAUGCUGUAGCUGCUGUAUUCAUCCUUACGGCUAUGGCAUACGACAGAUAUGUCGCCAUCUGUCAGCCAAUGAGUUACAAUACCAUUAUGAGCAAUGGUCACAUCAUGAAGAUCAUCUCAUUGGUUUGGCUUUCUAAUUGGGCUCUGAUGGCAGUGCUUUUCAUUCUUCUACUCCGUUUGCCUCGAUGUAGAUCUUACCUUACUCAUACAUACUGUGACAACCCCUCCCUGUUGCAGCUGGUCUGUGCAGACACAACCAUUAACAACAUUUAUGGACUGAUAAUCACAGCUAUCUGUCAGGUGCUAACAGUGGGACUGAUUUUGUACACAUACCUCCGUAUCAUGAUAGCUUGUUUCCAAAACAAAUGCUCUGACACAAGAAGUAAAGCUCUACAGACGUGUGGCACACAUCUAAUUGUAUUUCUCUUGUUUGAAUGUUUGGGUCUCUUCACAAUAAUCUCAUAUAGGAUACUUAAUAUUUCUCCUCACUUAAGGAAAUUCUGUGGGGUAGCUGCAAUGAUAUUGCCACCAACAUUGAAUCCUAUUCUAUACGGACUGAAAAUUAAAGAAAUCAGGGUUAAAGGGUUCAAGUUUUUCAAGCGAAAGGUUUCACAUCAUAAUGUGCAAUGA